CCAUGAGUUAGUUCCUGACUAUAUGUAAUGUAAGGUAGAACUCCCCUGGAAGCAACCUCCCUAGCGCAGUCCGAGUAGUGAUCAUGGGAGCGUACCAGCCACUGCAUCACCAGCACAGCCACAAGCCGUCGUCGACUCACCAUGGCAGAGUCGUCUUGGCCUGGCUCUUCUCCGCCGUGCUCUGCCUGGCUCUCCUCCACCUCCUCUGCUGCUCCCCGCGCGCCGCACGCGAAAAUGUCUUCUUCUCGCCUCUUCUCCAGUACAUCACCAGCGCCUACAUUCACGGGUCGACUUCCACUUCCAGCUGCGACUACUCGGAGGGGCAGUGGGUGCGGGCGGCGGGGCACGCCCGGCGGUACAACGGCACCGAGUGCAACGUCAAGGGCAGCGAGGACUGCGUCCGCAACGGGCGCCCCGACACCAGCUACCUCGACUGGCGGUGGCAGCCGGCGGCGCCCGGGUGCCAGCUCCCGGGCUUCGACGCCGGGGCGUUCCUCGGCGCGGUCCGCGGCGAGCACGUGGCCUUCGUCGGCGACUCCAUGGCGCGGAACCAGGCCGAGUCGCUGGUCUGCCUCCUGGGCGCGUCGUUCCCGUACCAUCUCGUGUACAGCGACCCGGAGCCCGGGACGCGCAAGUUCUGGCGCUGGGCGUUCCCGACGCACAACGUCACGGUGUCCGUCUACUGGGCGCCCUUCCUGGCGCGGGCCACGGGCAGGUGCGAGAACUACAGCCUGCCCUACAACUCGGUGCACCUCGACGCGCUCGCAGAGCGCUGGUCCGGCGACGCCGGCACCAUGGACGUGGCGGUGGUGAGCACCGGCCACUGGUUCUGGAACCCUAGCGUCUACUACAACGGCAGCGAGGUGCUCGGCACGCACCUCCUCCCCGAGCUCAACCACACCGGGAUCGGCUUCCUCUCGCCGUACCGGGAGGCCAUCCGGGCGUCGAUACGGCGCCUCGCCUCCGCCGGCCGCGCGCGCGCCGUGGUUGUGGCCACCUUCUCGCCGGCGCACUUCGAGAAGGCGUGGGACGACCCCGCCACGUGCGCCAGGAGGCUGCCGUACACGGAGGGGGAGAGGGAGGUCGACGCCACGCACGCCCAGCUUAGAAGCAUCGUCAGAGAAGAGACGGCCGCGGCCGCGGCGACGGACGGCGGGGCGACGAGGGUUGAGGUGCUGGACGUGACCAAGCUGGCCACGAUGCGCCCGGACGGCCACCCUAGCGUGUACAUGAAGCGCGACCCGUUCGCGCGCGGCGUGCCCGAGCGGCUGCAGAGCGACUGCCUCCACUUCUGCCUCCCCGGACCCGUCGACACCUUCAACGAGAUUCUGCUCCAGCUCCUCCUCACGAAGCGCGAGUGACACACUCAAUCGACUGAUCGAGUAUUGCUUACUUACACUGUUACACAUGGCAUGCAUGAGUGCAAAAGAAAUGUGUCAAUCAAGAAAAA